AUGGGGUUCGACAAGUUCGCCACGAAAAAGCGCCGUCGCGAACUGUACAAUAUCGACGUAAAGCUCGUCGAGAUCUACGAGGAUCUCGCCAGUGAAAAGGACGAGAUUCGUUUGCGUGCCGCGCAGGCUCUUGUCUCGCAAUUCACUCCUGAUAAGAACCCGACCGAUGAGCAGAUCAAGAAGGCACUCCAGCGACUGUUCCGCGGUCUCUGCAGUAGCCGCAAGGCUGCUCGCAUUGGAUUCUCCAUUGCGCUGACCGAGGUCUUGACUCAGAUCUUCUCGGCUGCGAGGGAAUCGGCUGAGUUCGGUAUUGCGGAUGCGCUGAAGAUUUGGGAGGCGCAGUCCAACUCCUCUGGCAGUGAGACGGGACAGGAACAACGCGACCACCACUUCGGCCGUCUCUUCGGUGCGGAAGCACUCAUCAAGUCCUCUAUCCUCUUCCAACCCUCUACCUCGUUCACGGAAUGGACCAAGGUCCUCGACAUCGUUUUCGAACUCGCCCAGAAAAAGCCUUGGCUGCGCGAGGAGUGUGGUUGGAUUAUUUACCGCUGUGUCUACGAUCUCUCUGCGCGUAAUAUGGAUGCCAAGUUCGUCGAGGCUGCUGUGGAGCGCCUUUGCUCUCAUGACUUGGCCCGCUCUCCGGAGGGUGUGGCUGUCUGGCUGGCGGCAAAGGACAUGUUCCCCAAGGCUGAGUUGCCCAGCAAGGUUUGGAAGCACGAUGACCCGCUGGACCCGAAAGAGCGCGGCAGCCUGUCGAAGAUCAUGAAGGAAUCGUCUGCUGAGCAGACCGACGGCGAGAACAAGGGAAACAAGUCCUCUGGAGUGUGGAACUCGAAGUUGCAUUUCGCCUGGGAUGCAGUUAUCUCCCGCACCAGCGACGUGGCCAAGGAUGGCUCCAAGCCCAAGUCCAAGUCUGCACGUUUAAGUUUCGUUGACUUCUGGACCGAAGUUGUCGAUAGUGGUUUGUUUGCAUCUUCAUCCUCCGAUGAGCGGAAAUACUGGGGCUUCCUCCUCUUCAACAAAGUCCUGAACGAGGGCUCAUCCCAGCAGGCGAAUCAAAUUUUCACAAAGAACCUCGUGCGAUGCCUGACGAACCAGCUCGCCGUGGAGGACCGCUACUUGCACCGUAUGGCUGUCAAGGCUACCAAGGCAGUUCAGACUCGUGUGUCGAAGGAGCCCGGCUUCGCCGCAGCCGCAGUUCGUGGCCUCAUGGGAACCAGCGGAAUCGUCAACUUCGACCAAGUCACCAAGACCAAGACAAUUGAGAAGAUUGUGGCCGAUGCCAACAGCGACGCUCUGAAGGAGAUCAUCCCCGUGUUUGAGAAACUUAUUCUUAGCCCGGGCACGAGCGAUGAGAAGGCUGCCGCCGCGAACCGUCAAUUUGUUGCCAAUCUGCUGUUGUCUAUCGUGCGCGCGAAGGCCGCGACUGGAAAUGGCGACUCUGAAGAGGACUAUCAGUCAGUCCUCGAGCAGAUUUUGUUCAUCUUCGUGCGUUUUGCGUACUUCAUGGACAGUGCACCGGAGCCUGCUUUGUCGCAGGCGACACAGGAGCUGCUGCGAAACCGGAUCAACUCUUCCCUGAACAGUCUUCUUGCUUCUCAGAAGUACGCCGCCACGAUUCCAUAUGCUGUGGUGCGCCAGAUUCGCGAUGGCGCAAAGUCACAGGAGCAUGGAAAGUUUAUCAUCAACAUAGAUGACAAGCUGCAGGAGUCGGUCAAGACUGCGUUUAAAUCCUUGAAGAAACUGUCUAGUAAGGAGAAGAAGGGAGAAACUUCCAGCAUUGCCGCUUUCAAGCUCCUUUACUCCUUGACUGUAUUGCAAGUGUACAGUGGUGAUGCCGAAGCUGUAUCUAUGCUUGACGAGCUGGAGUUCUGCUAUACCAAGUUCCUGGGCGAAGACUCGAAGUCGAAGGAUACCUCGGAUGCCUCGGAUGCCCUGGUUGAGAUUCUCUUGAGCUUUGCCUCUAAGCAGUCACAGCUGUUCCGCCGUAUGAGCGAGCAGGUCUUUGGCGCUUUUGCUGAUCAGGUCACUGAGAAUGGCCUGGAAUCGUUGAUUUCGAUUCUGGAAGCCAAGGAGAGCCUGGCUGGCCAGCAGGAGAUGUUCGAAGACCAGGGUGAUGAUGAUGACGAGGAAGACGACGAGGAGGAUGACGUUGAGAUGAUCGACGUCGAUGACGAGGACAGCGAUGUCGAGGUGGUUCUCGGCGGAGGCGCCUCUGACUCGGACUCCUCAGACGAUGACGAAGAAGAGGAAGAGGAUGAUGAAGAAAAUGCCGCCGAAAUAGCCGACUUCGAAGCGAAACUCGCCGCCGCACUGGGUACCCACCGCGCGAACCCAGACGCUGACGGCUCGGACUCAGACUCAGAUGCUGACAUGAACGACGACGACAUGGAAGAAGUCGACGAGAAACUUGCCAACGUUUUCCGCGCCCGUCACCAAGCAGCCUCCCAACACAAAGACAAGAAAGACGCGCGCGAGAACAUGGUCAACUUCAAGAACCGCGUGCUCGAUUUCCUCGAGAUCUUCGUCAAGAAAUGCCACUCCCGCCUCCUUGCAUUGGACCUGCUCCUCCCCCUUCUCAGACUCACCCGCCGCUCAACCGUGAAGCAAAUCGCCAACAAGGCCAACAGCGUUCUCCGCGAGUACACCAAGCUGUGCAAGGGCAAUGCGCUCCCCACGAUCGAUAACGAGGACGGACCCGAGGCUAUUUGGGAAUUGUUGCGCGCUAUUCACAAGGAGGCUAGUCACAGUGGACCGCCCGCACAUGCGACGGCGUGUAGCCAGGCUUCGCUGCUUGUGGUCAAGGUCUUGGUUGCGCAGGAUAAGGCUGCGAUUGCGGAAGUUGUCGAUGUUUAUGCGGAGACUCGUAAGGCGCAGUUGAUUAGCACUAAGUGCCAUAUUCAGCCGUCGUUCUUUACGGAUUGGAAUAACUGGUGUGUGUCGGCGAGCAAGCAGCUGAAGAAUUGA